AUGGACGCAGCUUGGACAAAGAGCGUUCACGAGGCGCUCACUCUUUUGAGAGUUGACCCUUCCAAAGGUCUUUCCGAAGAAGAGGUCGAGAAGCGCCGUGAACAGUACGGCACCAACACACUUCCCGAACAGCCACCUACACCUUUGUGGGAGCUCAUUCUCGAACAGUUCAAGGAUCAACUCGUGCUGAUUUUGCUCGCUUCGGCCGUCAUCUCGUUCGUUCUCGCCUUGCUUGAAGAGGACACGACUCUCGGUGCUGCUCUGAUUGAGCCUGGUGUCAUCUUCCUCAUUCUCAUCGCCAAUGCUACCGUCGGCGUAGUACAGGAGCGUAAUGCAGACAAGGCCAUCGAUGCCUUGAAGGAGUACAGCCCCGACACUGCCAACGUCAUUCGCCAAGGCGCCACCGAAAAGGUUCGAUCUGAAGAUCUUGUUCCCGGUGAUAUCCUCAUCUUGACUGUCGGUGACAAGAUCCCUGCCGACUGCCGUCUUAUUGCUAUCAACUCCUCCUCCUUCCGUGUCGAUCAGGCUAUCUUGACCGGAGAGUCCAUUUCGGUCAACAAGUCCCUCAAUCCCGUUUCCGACGUCGACGCAGUCAAGCAGGACCAGACCAACAUUGUCUUCUCCGGCACCACUGUCGCCAACGGUACUGCCAUUGCCGUUGUUGCACAGACCGGUACUCGCACUGCUAUCGGUGACAUCCAUGCAGAGAUCUCCAAGGAUGACGAUGACAAAACUCCACUCAAGCAGAAGCUCGACGACUUUGGUGAGCUUCUUGCCAAAGUCAUCACUGUCAUUUGCAUUCUUGUGUGGAUCGUCAACUUCCGUCACUUCAAUGACCCUUCGCACCACGGAUGGGUUCGAGGUGCUAUGUACUACUUCAAGAUCGCUGUUGCUCUUGCCGUUGCUGCUAUUCCAGAAGGUCUCGCUGCUGUCAUCACCGCCUGCCUUGCUUUGGGAACCAAGAAGAUGGCCAAGAAGAACGCCAUUGUCCGCCACUUGCCUUCCGUAGAGACUCUCGGUUCAACCAACGUCAUUUGCUCCGACAAGACCGGCACUCUCACCACCAACCAGAUGAGCGUUACCCACUUUUCAGUCUUCUCUCCUCUAGGUUCCAUCACCGACUACACCGUUUCGGGAAGCACUUUUGCUCCUACCGGCGAAAUUACCGACUCGCUCGGCAAGAAGCUCGAAAGCUUGAACCAGCCCCGAACUCCCUUCCACGCUCUGGCCGAAGUCUGCUCCAUCUGCAACGACUCUUUCGUCCAACUCGACGAGCACGACAACUACCACAUUGUCGGACAACCCACCGAAGCAGCCCUCAAAGUUCUCGUUGAGAAGCUCGGUCACCACGAUGCAUCCGUCAACGCUACCGUUUCCAGUCUCGAUGCCGCCCAACGAUGCAGUGCCAUCUCGAACGAGUAUGGCAAAGCCAACCCCCGCUUGCUUACUUUUGAAUUCAGCCGCGACCGUAAGAGCAUGUCUACCUUGAUCCAACGAUCUUCUGCUACUGGAUGCUUGCUCGUCAAAGGUGCACCCGAGAGUGUCGUCGAGCGAUGCACAACUGUUCAACUGGGCAAGAACGUUUCCCCUCUCGACUCAGCCUUGCGUGCACAGAUUGGAGAUAAGGUGCUCGAAUACGGUCGUUUGGGACUCCGAGCACUCGCCAUCGCAGUGAAAGAAGAUGUCCCGCUGGACGUUGAAUCCUACCGCAGCAGUUCUCCUUCCGAAUACGCACAGUUCGAACAACGAAUGACACUCAUCGGUCUCGUUGGUAUGCUGGACCCCCCACGUCCUGAAGUUCGCAACGCUAUCGCUCGUUGCCGUCAAGCAGGUAUCCGCGUUAUCGUUAUUACAGGUGACAACAAGAACACCGCCGAGACGAUCUGUCGUCAGAUCGGCGUGUUUGGAGAGAAUGAGGAUCUCGAAGGUAAAUCGUACACAGGUCGCGAGUUUGACGCUCUCACUUCCCAAGCUGAGAAGCUGGAGGCAGUGUCGAACUCGAAUUUGUUCUCGCGAGUGGAACCUUCUCACAAAUCUCAAUUGGUUGAUCUGUUGCAGUCGCAAGGAUUGGUGGUUGCGAUGACGGGUGAUGGUGUUAAUGAUGCACCUGCAUUGAAGAAGGCUGAUAUUGGCAUUGCUAUGGGAUCGGGAACUGAUGUUGCCAAGUUGGCUGCGGAUAUGGUUUUGGCUGAUGACAACUUUGCCACCAUUGAAGCGGCAGUGCAAGAGGGAAGGAGUAUUUUCAACAAUAUGCAAAGUUUCAUCCGUUACCUUAUCAGCAGUAACAUCGGAGAGGUGGUCAGCAUCUUCCUCACUGUUCUCCUCGGGUUACCGGAAGCGCUGAUCCCGGUGCAACUGCUUUGGGUCAACUUGGUCACCGAUGGUCUCCCAGCUACCGCUCUCGGCUUCAACCCACCCUCCAGCACCAUCAUGCGAGAAAAACCACGUUCUCGCAAGGACCCUUUGAUCUCAGGAUGGAUUUUCACCCGCUACCUUGUCGUAGGAGCAUUCGUGGGAGCGGCUACCAUCUUCGGUUACGCUUGGUGGUUCCUUUUCUCCUCCACCGGUCCUCAGAUUACCUACGCUCAACUCUCGCAUUUCCACCAAUGCGCCUUACCCUCCUCUCAACUCCCUGGGGCGCUGUUCCACGGAGUAGAUUGCUCUAUCUUUAGUGCUUUCCGUCAACCAUCUACGAUCGCGUUGAGUGUUUUGGUAGUCGUGGAGAUGUUUAACGCCUUAAACGCAAUCAGCGAGACGGAUUCUUUGCUUACUUUCGGUCCUUGGAAGAACCCACUCUUGAUCGGCGCUAUCGCGUUGAGUCUGGCUUUGCAUUGGACGAUCUGUACUGUGCCUUUCUUGCAAGAUUGGUUCCAAGUUACAAGGCUGACACGGGAAGAAGUUAAGGCGGUGAUUUGGAUUAGUGCUCCAGUGGUGUUGAUUGAGGAAGUUUGUAAGUUGGUUACCAGGGUGUUCUUCCUUAAUAAGGCAGCGACGGGGGAGAAAGUCAAUGGCGAGAAGAAGGGUCUUUAA